AAGAAAGCGUGACUGUGACGUAAGCUGUAAACAUUGAUGGCACGUGAACGUUAGCGACAGUAGCUCUCUAUACAUUUGUGUAGUUACACCGCAAAUAGUGGGUUUUGGUGUUUCGUGUGUAGUUUCUCCUACUUAACUAAAGUCGACCCAGGUAUGAAUCGACAUUAGGUUAACAUUAGGCAGUUAAUGACCGAUAGUCUCCAGCUGGACAGGAGACAUGUGCACAAACUACCCCACACCCGUUUACUUCGCGGGGCGAGGAGACUUCAGAGACGUGUACGAGCCGGCGGAGGAUUCGUUCCUUCUGAUUGACGCUUUGGAGAAAGAUGCGGAGGAACUGCAGCGUUUACGCCCGUGCGUGUGUCUAGAGGUCGGCAGCGGCUCUGGUGUGGUCUCGGCGUUUCUGGCGUCAGUGGUUGGACCUUCAGCGCUGUAUCUUUGCACAGACGUGAAUCCUGCAGCAGCCCAGUGCACAGCACAGACGGCCUCCAGCAACAAGGUCCUACUGCAGCCAGUCAUCACAGACCUGGUGCAGGGUCUUCUCCCCCAGCUGAGUGGAAAAGUGGAUGUGCUCCUGUUUAACCCGCCCUAUGUGGUGACGCCUUCAGAAGAGGUCGGCAGUACAGGCAUCGAGGCUGCGUGGGCUGGUGGGAAGGAAGGUCGAGAGGUGACUGACAGAUUCCUGCCCACUGUAUCACGGUUACUGUCCAGUAAAGGACUGUUUUACCUUGUUACCAUUGCUGAGAAUAAACCUGAGGACAUCAUCCAUUUACUGAGCAAAUAUGAUUUGAGGGGAGAAUCCUGCUUGUCUACAAGAGCUGGCAAUGAAAGACUGUCCGUCCUGCGCUUCCACCGGUGUCACACGAGUGAACGCAAAUAUCCUUUAGAGACAUGUUGAAAUGAGAGCAAAUGUGUCAGGAAUUGUAUUUGUAAAGAAAUGGAAUAAAAAAAUUAAAAAGCAAAAAACUAAAAUACAUCUUAUUUUAUUCAAGUGUUAUUGCUAAAGCUGUUUCUUACAGACAACUACAACUAAACUGAUACAAUUAACUACAAAUCUGCAAAUCACCAAGCAGCUUUAUUAAUGAAACAGACAGACAGGAUCAUCAUGCUUUCAGUUUUAGGCACAACUGGAAUGUAACUAGUUUAGAGUAAUGCUAUUCUAACACAGGGAAUGCUACCAAUUUGGAAUAUCAAAUACAUGAAGUAACCAUAGCAUUGGCCUCGUGUAUCCUGUGAACAGCAGCACCUUUUCAGCAGGAAAAAACAUUACACUCUUUAACUCUGGGAUUUCCAUGUGAUGCUUCCGUCGUCUCCAAGCCUGACUGUGCCGCUGGCUACGAGCUCCAGAGCAGCAGGGAAGGCGCGAUGCUCCGCCUCUCUGAUUCUGUCCGACAGACUCUCCUCAGUGUCGCUGCCCAGGACAGGCACCGCCUCCUGUACCACAAUGGCUCCUGCAUCAACCUCCUCCUACACAAUGAACAAAACAAUGGCCCUUUAGUGUUAAUAUAAAUGGUUGCAUUGCAGUACAAAUUGUACUGCAAUGACAACAUACUACACAAAAUUAGAAUAGCAAUAUCUUAACGCAAACACGUCUUAAAGCCAGUCUUGCUUUAAAUACUUCUGGAUGUGUGGACUAGGCUGUUCUACUUACUGCUACAAAGUGGACCGUGCAGCCAGAAACCCGCACCCCAGCCUGCAGGGCCUGCUUCUGGGCAUUCACGCCUUUAAAUGAGGGCAGCAGCGACGGAUGGAUGUUCAGUAGUUUUCCUGCAAAGACAAUCACAAGUUGACCAUUAGAGUCCCUCCUGUGGCAGUGUGAGGUGUAGCCAAUUCAUUUCCUCACCGGUCCAUUUCUUGACAAAGGUUCCUGUGAGGAUCCUCAUGAAUCCAGCCAGACAAACCAGCUCCACCCCAAACUCCUCCAGCACACGAUCAAUGGUGCUGUCAAACUCUGCUCGGCUCCCGUAAAGUUUGUGGUCCACCACCUAUUUAGAGUCAGGCAGAAGUGAAUUUAAACGAGCUUUAAGUCCAGAGGUUCACUAAAGCAUUUCAACACGCUGAUUAUGUCUUAUCAGAAAUGCAUGUACAGAUCAAGCUGUGCUUUGAAAUAAAGAAAUUCAAGAAAUUGUUA